UAGAGUUAUACAAACUAACAAAACGUUAAUCGAUUUAGUUUCUCAAGAGGUGAAAUUAUAUGACAACCAUUUGCUGACAUUGACUGCACUGCCGCGUAGAAGAAGUUUCUUGGAAUUAAUUAACUUAGUACAUAUCACUACCCGUGUCAACACACACCACAUUCGACUGUGCCGUAAUUGAAUUUUCUAUUCACGGAUUUAUUUUUGAAGUCAUGAUUUUUACAGUACAAUAUAGGACAAUUUUGUUUUUAAAUCACAACGGAAUUAGAUCGAUGUUUUAUUUUUGACAAAAAAAAAAAAGAUUUGAAUUAGCCUCGGGUUUGUAGAAAUGUCUCAUUCACAUCUUGAAAUCGUUUCAAAGGUGCUUCACUAUUCCUUCAUGCUAUCACUCAUUAUUGCUAACAGUCGAGUCUUAGCGCUUUGUUCUGAGAACUUUUUUGGCUCAAGAUGCCAAUACAAAUGUCAAUGUCAGGAUCUAUGUGAAGGAGAUGGCAGCUGCGUAAGGAACAGUUCUCAGUGCUUACCUGGAUGGUUUGGGUUAAAAUGUCAAUACCAAGACAUGGCAGAGACGGCAGAUGUCCAGUCAUGCUUGUCUAGUUCGGACAGACAGACAUGUCAAAAAAGUUCCACUUUGGACACGAUACUUUUAACAUGGAGUGAGCCUCAAGUUUUUACCUGGCUAAGACUAAUUUUGCUUGAAACAGCCACUUUCCAAGACAUAGACAUUAGGUUUAAAACGUCUCUGCAUAACUUUGUUCUUGAGUGUUCCAAUAGGAUAAAGUUUCAACCUGACGAGAAGACAGUGGACAUUGGCUGUGACUUAAAUGUACCCAUCAACAAGUUAAAAAUUGUCAGCAAAGAUGCGGCACAAAUAAAAUCUAUAUUUGUCAGUGGAGGUCGAAAUGUUGCCUUGUUACAAAGGACAUCCCAAUCUUCUACGCAUGACAGCGAAGAGCAUUAUGGAGCUCAGCGAGCAGUAGAUGGCAGUGUAGUUCCUUCCUGCAUUGAGCAAGGAUGUACUCACACAAGUCUACAGGAUGGACAGCCCAGCUGGACAGUCAUGUUUGACAAGCCAUACAAUGUCAAUAAGUUUGUUUUAUAUAACCGAUUUGACGAUAAGCCAGAUCGACUAAAAUACUUUGAUCUUCAAGCUCUGGACUCCAAUGACACCACAAUAUUUAGUUACCAUGACGAUCAGAGCACCCAGAUGAGAUACACUGUACUAUACUUCCCUGGUGGACCAGUGGCAUCUGUGAGGGUCAGUGAGGCAUACAAAAUGGACGAUGAACCAGUGCCUAUUGUCUCCAUUAAUGAAUUUGAAGCUUUUGGAGAUUGUGUACCUGGUCACUGGGGUUUGGAUUGUAGGCUACAACGAAAUGUCCCCAAGAAUGCCAAUUUAGUUGUCAUUUGGAGACAGGUCUGUGUAGUAGGCCUUUUAUUCUCUCCAGCCCAACUUCUAAUGAAUGUGAUAGUUUUGGCAAAUGGUUUGGAGCAGGCUUCGGGGCAGGCAUCGGAGUCACUUUAAUAAUUGGUGUCACUAUUUUUGUGGUACUGUAUUUCUUUCAAAACAAGUGUCGAAAUUCGACUAUAAAAACACCUCCAAACCAACAUUCGAAUAAAAAUACAUGCGUUACUAACACCGGAAGUUACAAUUCCCAUCACUAUGACGCUGAAGAAAAACAAUACGAAACCAUAUUCCGUAUAGGAAAUGUCAAGUCGUCCGAGAUGCAGUCAGAUAAUAUGGUGUAUGAAUCAGUGGAAUAGUAGGCUUAAAUUUAGUUAGUACUUUAAAAAAAAUGUGAUUGU